CGUAGAUACUUCAACAUCGUAUAUCUUUAUAUUUAUGCUCAUUACUAAACUCAAACUGCAAUGCACGAUUGAGCGUCAGAUUAGCGGUGAUUACUUACAGGUCUAUAAUCGAGACGUUAUCACAUAUAUUCUCACAUCUACUAUGUAUAAACUCAAUAUCGACCCCUGAAAUUUGGGGGUUACGUGCGAUGCAAUGCAGGUAGCAUCACAGCGACUGUCAGGGGCCGGCACAGGGCAUCUCGUAAGAUUCGUAAGUUCAUCUUCAUAGUUCUCGUAGAUCUACCUCUUAGAACCAAGAUGCACUCGACGAUGGAGGUCGCGUCGAGCACCGCACCACAGCUCGUGACGGAUUCUUUGGCGCCCGAGGUAGCUCCCGAGACCUACCAUCCGCAGUACUACGAGUAUAAGAACUACGACGUGGCGCAACCGCAGAUCAAUCAGACGUCCCGUGGAGCUGAGAUAGCCGGGUUGAAGAAACCGACCUUCUGGUUGCUAGUAGCUUUGUUUUCGGUGGUGGCGUUGGCGCUCGGCCUAGGCACGGGGCUGGGCUUAGGUUUGAGGAGUAAUGAUAGUGCAGUUAAUAAUACAGGUGCUUCUGCGGAUGGCGAAGCUAUAAGCAACGGCGUUGCUUCAUCGCCGCAUGCUACCCCCUUAACGACCUCAUCUACGAACAGCGUAUCAACUACUAGUGCCAGCAACACUAAGAGCACCGCCAGCCCAAAGAGUAGCAACACUGGUACGACAAUUAUAGCCGAACCGACACCGACGGUCUUAGUAGAUUCCGGGUGUCCCAGCCGAAGCGGAAGUCUGAUAUCGGGGGAAAACCAUCGGCAAUACAAGGUAGCCUGCGACAGCGACUUGACGGGAACAGGCCUGGCAUCACUAGUGGUGAACUCGCUCGAGGAGUGUCUUGCACUAUGCGACUCGCUGAACUGGGUUCAGAAGCGUAGCGAUGUUGGCUGUGUUUGGAAUGAGAAGGGGGUAGUCGGGCAGGUUGCUGGUACGUGUUGGUGUAAGGGAGGCGACAAUAUCAAGGCUACGUCCCUGGCAGGAAUUGUGGUUGCAAGUCCGGCACCAUGAGAGUUCCUGUUUUUCAAAGGAGGUUGUUUUGUUGGUAUACCCGUAGCAUAAGUACCUAACUUACCUAACCUACCUAUGUAAUUCACUAAUAAAAAAAGAG